AUGACUGAACACAUCGAUAAAAGCUUAAUUGAAAAUAGUCUUCGAAAUCGUUUCGAGUAUUUAUCAAAAUUUAUCAAGUUUACGACAGAUGAUAUUGCUGCUCUUAAUGAUUUGGGUAGGCUUGCCGUUCCACUUAUUCCAAUAAUAGUUGAUCAAAUAUUUCAAAAAGUACUCGAUUUUGACAUUACAAAACGUUAUUUUGUAAUGCGUCAUUUUGGCUUUACAGGCGCUGUACCCGUUAAUGAAUCUGAAUUAACAUUAGAAUCUGAACAAAUGAUAUUUCGCCGAACAGCUCUUUCUAAAUAUUUUAAAAGAGUUUUAAGACAAAAAGUUUGGAAUGAUGCAUUUCUAGAAUAUUUAUCUCAUGUUGGAAAAAUUCACACAAAAAUGGCCGGUUCAGAAUCAGUUGAUAUUGAUUAUAUUCACAUUAAUAUUCUUUUUGCUUAUGUUGAACAUAUUCUCCUUGACGUUAUUUUAUCAAACGAACAAAUUGCUGCCCAAAAGAAAAAAUCAGUUAUUCUUGCGUUAAAUAAAUUUCUUUGGAUUCAAAAUGAUUUCUUUGCAAUGCAUUAUAUUCGACAAUCAAAGCCUGCUAAUUUUGACUGUUGUGUACCAAAAGCGGGCAAUGGAAAAUUCAGUGCCUUCUGUACUCGAUGA